AUGAAUACCUCUUCACAGAACCAAACUAAUGAAGAUCAAUUACAUUUUGGAGGUGGAAAUUCUUUUUCAUCUUCAUAUGGCCCACCCCAGGUUUACCCUUCAGAAAACCAAACACAACAGUCAUCACAAUCUCAACAUAAUCAAACUAUUCCCACAAAUGGAACAAAAUCAGCAUCUUCAUCUCCUGGCUAUUCCCAGUAUCCCUAUCAAUAUUCUCAGUCAACACAGCAACAACAGUUGUCACAAACACUACAGAACCAGCCGCCACAGUUGCCCCCUAUUAAUUUAAAUCAAUCUACGUCUUUUAAAGGGCAUUUCGAAUCACAUUGGCCCCUAUAUUCGGUAGAUUGGGCUCAUUGUGGACCUACAGAUUUAAAUAUCAUUGCCGUCAGUACUUAUUCGGAAGAUAUCACUAAUAAAAUUCAAAUAGUGCAAGCAUCACCUUCUGUUCAACCUAGUACGGGACUUGUUCUUCCCAAAUCACUUGAUUUUUUUCCUCCAGUAGAGUUUUCAGUACCUUAUCCUUGCACACGACUUGCAUGGGCGCCUUCAUCUUAUGUGGCCUCGUCGUCAUCAAUGCCUCUUAUUACUACUGGUGAUUGUCUAAGGCUUUGGAAUUAUAAUACUGAUACCAGACAACUUUCACAACGCUGUGCUUUAGUCAAUAAAGCAAAAUCAAGUUACAUGCCCCCUAUUACAAAUUUUGAUUGGAAUUCUGUGGAUCCUUCAAUUGUGAUCACUAGUUCUAUUGACACUACAUGCACUAUUUGGGAUAUAGCCUCUUCAACAGCAAGAACACAACUUAUCGCUCACGAUAGUGAAGUCUAUGACGUUGCUUUUGUCUAUAACUCUACUAAUAUAUUUGGUUCUGUUGGUGCCGAUGGAUCAGUAAGAAUGUUUGACCAGCGCGCUUUAGAUCAUUCCACAAUUAUUUAUGAUCCUUCAAACCCAGUGCCGUUAUUGAAAAUCGAAGCAAAUCCCAGGGAUUCUAAUAGUCUUGCGAUUUUAGCUUCAGAUGCAAACGAUGUUCACCUCCUUGAUAUUCGCAUGCCUGGUGGUCCAGUUGCUUCUUUGAACGGACAUCAGCGAUCCAUCAAUACAAUAAGAUGGGCACCCCCCUCAGCUGUUCCCCGACCUGGUGGUUCUAGUCCUGGCUCUUCAAACAUAUCUGAAUCCGGUAAUGCCCCUACAAUAAAAAGUUUUAGGCACGUCAUUGUAUCUGGAUCUGAUGAUUGCCAAGCUAUUGUUUGGGAUGCCAGCACAACUGUACAAUUCCCUAUUUCUGCUACUCCAUUAAACCAUACAUCUGGAGGGGCAGGAUCAUCAACAUCUAGUAAUGGCUCUGUUUUGAAUUCUGGAAAUAAUAAGGAAAACUAUUCCAUUAUUGCGGCCUACACUCAUAACCAUGAAAUCAAUGGGGUAACCUGGAGUCGUGAUGGAUCCUGGAUUGGGCUGACUGCUGGAAGAGGUUUACAAGCAGUCUGUUUAUGA